UGAGCAGGUGGCACUGGGGUCGGGGGGCUCUGAUCUGGUAUCGAGUCUGCCUCAGUCCCUGCUCUGGAUGAUGUCCCAGCCCCUGGGUGACAUCCCUGGCUCUUCUCCCAAUGCUUUACCAACCAGAAAAGCUAUCCCCCACUAGGCUGCACUGCCUGGAACUGCUGCAGCACUGACUGCCUGCCUCUCUGCACGUGCCAGCUCAUCCCGGGGAGCUGGGCAGCCAGGGUGGCCCUGCGUGUCUGCCCACAUCUGUGUCACUUGCUACAUCCUGCAGAUCCUGGGUUGCUGCUGGAGCUGUCACAUCUGCUCAGCUCUCUCCAAGGGUAUCCUUCCUGGGGGGCACAUGGGCUGGUGGGGACACAAAACACCUGCAUGCUGCCCUGGCUCAACCACCCUGAGCAUCUCCUCACAGCUCCCAGAUGGACAGCCCCAGCUCAUCCAAUGACCUGCUGACCCAGUGCCUCUUCCCUUUGUUUUUCCAGGUGCUGAAGGCCCCAAUAGGGCAGCAGACCCCCUGCCACCACCACGCUGCUCCAUCCUCGAUGCUGGGGCCCUGGCUGCCCUCACCUUAACAGGCAGUGCUGGGUGACAUGGGGCGUGCGGAUCCCCAGCCAGCACCAGCACACCCCAUGGCGGUCCCCAUUGCUGCCUGGCUCUGGCUGAUGCACCUGGCCUCCUGCCUGGCUGCUGGGCACGGCCCCACCCACAGCAAGAAGGAGAUCAGCACUGAAGGGGACCUGGUCAUCGGGGGGCUCUUCCCCAUCCACGAGAAAGGAGUGGGGAGCGAAGACUGUGGCAAAAUCAAUGAGCACCGGGGCAUCCAGCGCCUCGAGGCCAUGCUCUUCGCACUGGAUGAGAUCAACAAGGACCCAAGCAUCCUGCCGGGGGUGAGGCUGGGUGCCCACAUCCUGGACACCUGCUCCAAGGACACCUAUGCUCUCGAGCAGUCACUCGACUUCGUCCGCGCAUCCCUGACCAGAGUGGAUGGCUCCGAGCACAUCUGCCCCGAUGGCUCCUAUGCUGUCCAUGAUGAUGUGCCCACAGCCAUCACUGGUGUCAUCGGGGGCUCCUACAGCGAUGUUUCCAUCCAGGUCGCCAACCUGCUGCGGCUCUUCCAGAUCCCGCAGAUCAGCUACGCUUCCACCAGUGCCAAACUCAGUGACAAGUCUCGCUAUGACUACUUUGCCCGCACCGUCCCACCUGACUUCUACCAAGCCAAAGCCAUGUCGGAGAUCCUCCGCUUUUUCAACUGGACCUACGUCUCCACGGUGGCCUCAGAGGGCGACUACGGCGAGACGGGCAUCGAAGCUUUUGAGCAAGAAGCCCGCAUGCGCAACAUCUGCAUCGCCACCUCGGAGAAGGUAGGACGCUCCAUGAACAAGAAGACCUACGACGGCGUGGUGCGGGCGCUGCUGCAGAAACCCAACGCCAAGGUGGUCGUGCUCUUCACCCGCAGUGAGGAUGCCCGGGAGCUGCUGGCGGCCGCCCACAGAGCCAAUGUCUCCUUCAUAUGGGUGGCCAGCGAUGGAUGGGGAGCCCUGGAGAGCGUGGUGGCGGGGAGUGAAGCGGUGGCGGAGGGAGCCAUCACCAUCGAGCUGGCAGCGUACCCCAUCCGGGAGUUCGCCGCAUACUUCCUCAACCUCCAUCCCUACAAUAACAGCCGAAAUCCCUGGUUUCGGGAGUUUUGGGAGCAAAAGUUCAAGUGCAGCCUUCACAUGCAGGACUGCAGCCGGUACUCCCUAAAGACGGGCAAGUUUGAGCCAGAGUCCAAGAUCACCUUCGUGGUCAAUGCGGUCUACGCCAUGGCUCACUCGCUUCACAACAUGCACCGGGCGCUGUGCCCCAACACCACCAAGCUCUGCGACUCCAUGAAGCCUGUCAACGGCAAGAGGUUCUACAAGGACUUCAUGCUCAAUGUUAAUUUUGAUGCUCCAUUCAGGCCAGCAGACACUGAGAGCGUGGUUCGAUUUGACCGCUACGGUGAUGGGAUUGGGCGCUACAAUAUCUUCAACUAUCACCGCAUGGAUGGGCGGUACCGGUACCAGAAGGUGGGCUACUGGGCCGAGGGGCUCAUCCUCAACACCAGCCUCAUCCCCUGGGCAGGAAUGUCCAUCCCAGUGUCCCAGUGCAGUGAUCCAUGCAAGAAGAAUGAGAUCAAAAGCAUGCAGCCAGGAGACAUCUGCUGCUGGAUCUGCAUCCCCUGCCAGCCCUACGAGUACCUGCUGGAUGAGUUCACCUGCAUGGACUGUGGUUUGGGUUACUGGCCCAAUGAGACCCUGAAUGGCUGCUAUGAGUUGCCCCAGGAGUACAUCCGUUGGAAAGACGUCUGGGCCAUCGGUCCCGUCACUAUCUCUUGCUUGGGAUUUAUCUGCACUCUCUUUGUUUUUGGCGUCUUCAUGAAGAACAAUGACACUCCCAUUGUGAAGGCCUCUGGACGGGAGCUCUGUUACAUUCUCUUGACUGGGGUCCUCAUGUGCUACAGCAUGACCUUCAUCUUCAUUGCAAAGCCUUCCACUGAGGUGUGCACGCUCCGGCGCCUGGGGCUGGGCACAUCUUUUGCUGUCUGCUAUUCGGCCCUCUUGACCAAGACAAAUCGCAUCGCCAGGAUCUUCAGCGGGGUGAAGGAGGGGGUCCAGCGCCCUCGCUUCAUAAGCCCCACAUCACAGGUGGUCAUCUGCAUGGCCCUCAUCUCCUGCCAGCUGGUCAUCGUCAUCAUCUGGCUGCUGGUGGAGACCCCUGGUACAGGCAAGGAGACCGAGCCUCACAAGAGGUACAUCGUCACCCUCAAGUGCAACAACCGUGACUCCAACAUGCUCAUUUCGCUCACCUACAACGUCCUCUUGAUUGUCCUGUGCACGGUCUAUGCCUUCAAGACACGGAAAUGCCCUGAAAACUUCAAUGAGGCCAAGUUCAUUGGGUUCACCAUGUACACGACCUGCAUCAUCUGGCUGGCCUUCCUGCCCAUCUUUUAUGUGACCUCCAGCGACUACCGAGUGCAGACCACCACCAUGUGCAUCUCAGUGAGCCUCAGCGGCACGGUGGUCCUUGGCUGCCUCUUCACUCCCAAGCUCCACAUCAUACUCUUCCAGCCACAAAAGAAUGUGGCCAGCCACCGCGUGGGCAUGGCGCGCUUCAGCAUGGCGGCUGCUGGCUCCAGCCAGUCCCACGGUGAGUGCAGCUGGGCCGGAGUUGGGCAGGGGGACAGCUGGGAAGGGAACAGCUGGGAGGGGGACCUGUGGAGCAGGAGGUAGGGGUGCUGCAGCACCCAAGGGAUCGGCCGCUGUAUUCCCAAGUUCUCCACCCCAGAGCUGCUCCUGGUGGUCCAUCACUGCACUGGGAUACCCCGGGUGGGGGCUGCUGCUGGAUCCCCCCUCUCAUAAUUGGUGCCUUUUCCCCACCAGGCUCAGCCUCACAGUAUGUGCCCACAGUGUGCAAUGGCCGCGAGGCAGUGGACUCCACGACGUCGUCCUUGUGAAGGCUGGGGGGAGGCCAUGCCCCAGCCCACCCCCUCACAGCGAGCACCAGCCCCAGAGUAGGGGCUGGAGGAGCGGGAAGGUGGCCCCCAGCCCAGCCCCAGCAUCACAGCACUCAUCCCUCAGAGCCCAUCAGUGGCGCGCAGCCCCAUCCCCAGCUCCCUUGCACUGAACUGCACUGUCCGUCACGCUUCGUUUGCCCUGAGCCGUGCCCCACCAUACCCCUCCUCCACACAGAGCCCCACUGACAGCACGCUGCCCUCACUCACCCCACUUUCUCUCCAAUGUCACAACCCCCUCGGAUGAGCCAAGCAUCACACCAGCCUCCCCAGCACAUCCAGACCCCCACACCUGUACCGGUAGCACUUUUCCUUUUCCUCUUCAUUUUUACUCCUGGGUUUGCAGGGUCCCAGCCCCGGCCCUGUCC